UAGCUCUCACUAUAAAUGCAUCACUUCCCCAUACGAUCAGUACCAAGACAAAUCCAACAUAUCCAUAUAUCCAUCUUCUUCAUUCGUUCACCGAUUCGAUCAGAGAAAAGCUAAAGUAGCAUCCGGUAUACUCCAACGCGCGACGAUGAGCUGCUCCGCCAAGACGUCGUGGCCGGAGGUUGUUGGGCUGCUCGUCGAAGAGGCCAAGAAGAUCAUCCUGCAGGACAAGCCCGACGCUCAAAUCGUCGUCUUAGCCGUCGGCACUCCUACACCAACCAAGGAGUUCUUCGAGUGGCGUGUCCGCGUCUUCAUCGACACCGUCGCCCAGACAGUUGCUGAAACCCCGCGUGUCGGCUAGUUUCACAGGCUUAAUAUCUUGUUUAGUUUUGCAUUCUAAAAAGAAUAAGUUAAUAAAUAAUGGGGGCAUGAAAGAAUAAUUACUUGCUGAUCGAUCAUCAGCAUGUUAUGGAAUUGUAUUUUCUUACCCGCGUGUGUGUGUGUGUGAGUUUGUAAUUGUGUCAAACAUUCAUAUAUGGUUGUAAGAACUAGGGUAAAAA